AUGGUGAAACCAAAUGGUUUAGUUCCUAUGAAAAUUAGAGAAAGUACACGAUUCUAUCCAUAUUUUAAGAAUUGUGUAGGGGCACUAGAUGGUACACAUAUACCUGCAAGGGUAGUUGGACGAGAGGUAGCAAGUUAUCGCAACCGAAAAGAAACAAUAUCACAAAAUGUGUUAGCUGUAUGUAACUUUGAUUUAGAGUUCAUAUAUGUUCUUAGUGGAUGGGAAGGUUCAGCACACGAUUCAAAAGUAUUAAAUGACGCUUUAAGUAAAUUCUAUCUAGUUGAUUGUGGCUUUGCAAAUCGAGUCAAUUUUUUGGCUCCAUUUCGUGGUGUUCGAUACCAUCUACAAGAAUGGACUGGCCAAGGACGUGAUCCUAGCACUGCAUCCGAAUUAUUCAAUCUUCGUCAUGCUAGUUUGAGAAAUGUGAUCGAAAGGAUAUUUGGAAUGAUAUUUGGAAUGUUUAAAUCGAGGUUUGCGAUUUUUAAAUCUGCACCUCCUUUUUCUUACAAAAAACAAGCUGGAUUAGUAUUAGCAUGUGCAGCGUUGCAUAACUUCCUUCGUAAAGAAUGCCGAUCAGAUGUUGGUGAAUUUCCUGCUGAAGAAGACACUCAACAAUCCGCAACGACUACGAAUCAAGUUGUUCAAGAGCCUUUAGGAACACAAGAGCAAGAUAGAGAAAAUGCAAAUACUUGGAGAAAGACUAUAGCAGAAGAUAUGUGGAGAGAUGCUACGAGUUAA